GGAGGCCGCGCGCGCCGGGGCCGAAAGUUUCUCUGCCCGGCUCUCCAGCGAGAGCGAGCCGCGGACCGCGCCGCGGGGCGACCCGGCCGCAACUCUGGAAAAGGCAAGACAGAAGCACGCCGCAAAAUACACUGAAAAAAUUAUUCUCAAGUCAGCCCCGAGGCGCAGGGGGCAGGUCUACAGUCGCCCAGGCUCUGUGAAGAUUUUGCUAUGACUGCAGUCCCCUCGCAGAGUCAGGACUGCCCCUUGCUGCCACAGCCACGCCAGGCCCACUCCCUGUCCUGCCUGCCCUUGGCUCUCAGUCACCAUGGGCAGCGUGAGUAGCCUCAUCUCCGGCCACGGCUUCCACAGCAAGCACUGUCGGGCUUCCCAGUACAAGCUGCGCAAGUCCUCCCACCUCAAGAAACUCAAUCGGUAUUCAGAUGGGCUGCUGAGAUUCGGCUUUUCCCAGGAAUCGAGUCAUGGCAAGUCCAGCUCCAAAAUGGGCAAGAGCGAAGACUUCUUCUAUAUCAAGGUCAGCCAGAAGGCCCGGGGCCCACACCGCCCAGAUUACACUGCCCUGUCCAGUGGGGACAUGGGCCAGGCUGGGAUGGAUUUUGGCUCGUCUACGCCACCCAAGCUCAUGCCCUUCUCCAAUCAGCUAGAAAUGGGCUCAGAGAAGGGUGCUGUGCGUCCCACGGCAUUCAAGCCCAUGCUGCCCCGGUCAGGAGCCCUCCUUCACUCCUCCCCUGAAAGUGCCAGCCACCAGCUGCACCCUGCCCUUGCAGACAAGCCCAAGGAACAGGAGCUGAAACCCAGCCUGUGUUCCGGGGCACUCUCCGACUCUGGCCGGAACUCCAUGUCCAGUCUGCCCACACAUAGCACCAGCAGCAGCUACCAGCUGGACCCGCUGGUCACCCCUGUGGGGCCCACCAGCCGUUUUGGAGGCUCAGCCCACAACAUCACACAGAGCGUCAUCCUCCAGGACAGCAACAUUAUGAGCCUGAAGGCGCUGUCUUUCUCCGAUGGUGGUAGCAAGCUAGCCCACCCGGGCAAGGCGGAUAAGGGCCCCUCAUGCGUCCGUGCCCCCAUCUCCACGGAUGAGUGCACCAUCCAGGAGCUGGAGCAGAAGCUGCUGGAGAGGGAGGGUGAGCUCCAGAAGCUACAGCGUAGCUUUGAGGAGAAGGAGCUGGCUUCCAGCCAGGCCUAUGAGGAGCGGCAGCGGCGCUGCAAGGAGGAGCUGGAGGGCCUGGAGCCCAAGUGCAACAGCAAGAUGAAGCAGGCCUCGCAGAAGAGCCAGCGCACACAGCAGGUGCUGCACCUCCAGGUGCUCCAGCUUCAGCAGGAGAAACGGCAGCUCCGGCAGGAGCUUGAGAGCCUCAUGAAGGAGCAGGACCUGCUGGAGAGCAAGCUGAGGUCCUACGAGAAGGAGAAGACCAACUUCGCCCCAGCACUGGAGGAGACCCAGUGGGAGGUGUGCCAGAAGUCAGGCGAAAUCUCGCUCCUGAAGCAGCAGUUGAAGGAGUCCCAGACAGAGGUCAAUGCCAAGGCCAGCGAGAUCCUCAAUCUGAAGGCACAGCUGAAGGAUGCUCGUGGCAAGCUGGAGGGUAUGGAGCUGAAGACACAGGACCUGGAGAGUGCUCUGCGCACCAAGGGCCUGGAGCUGGAGGUCUGCGAGAACGAGCUACAGCGCAAGAAGAAUGAAUCUGAGCUGCUGCGCGAGAAGGUGAACCUGCUAGAGCAGGAGCUGCUGGAGCUGCGGGCCCAGGCCGCCCUGCAGCGAGAGGGGGCUCCUCUGGGGGUCCUGGGUGCUGGGCUGGGGGCCGGGGCCACCUUCUCCGAGGACAUCCCUGCCCUGCAGCGGGAAUUGGAGCGGCUGCGGGCCGAGCUGAAGGAGGAGCGUCAAGGCCAUGACCAGCUGUCCUCGGGCUUCCAGCACGAGCGGCUGGUGUGGAAGGAGGAGAAGGAGAAGGUGAUCCAGUACCAGAAGCAGCUACAGCAGAGCUACUUGGCCAUGUACCAGCGCAACCAGCGCCUGGAGAAGGCCCUGCAGCAGCUGGCCCACGGGGAGGGUGCAGGAGGGUCUUUCGAGAUUGACCUUGAAGGGGCUGACAUCCCCUAUGAGGACAUCAUAGCCACCGAAAUCUGAGGGGUGCCUAGGAGAGGGAGGGCCGGGACCUGGCACUGGCAACAGGGGUGCUGAGCUCCCUCCCAGUCUCCCUGCUCAGCAGCUCAGUUCCCUGCGAAGCCAACCUUGGAACACAGAUGAAGAGCCUGGAGUGGGAGGGAGGGCUUGUGAGACAGUCUUUCUCUCCUUUGCAAUGUCCUAGUGCUUGAAAACCCAGUAGAACAUACCAGAAAACGGCUCUGACUCCCCUAGCCUUCCCAAGAGAUGGGGUACAGGGGUGUCCAUGCUUUGGUUAAGGGCUCCCCCAACAGAGGCCUUGGGGAGCUGACAUGAGCCAUUGGAAACAGGGACAGCCUUUCCCAGGGAAGGUGGUGACUGCCACAGAUGCUGUGUGACCCCAAGGAGAGAAGCUCCCUUCUGUCUGUCUUUCACAACUUUCUUUUCCCUGGACACCUUGGGAUGCCUUGGGAAUGGAAGGAAGCCAUUCCUGACCAGAAGCCUUGGAGUCUGACCCCACCAUAACCUGAGCUCUUUUCCUCUGGCUGCGGCAAGGUGGAGAGGUUGGAGUGAGGUGUGCAGAGCUUGCUUGGCAACAUCAGAGCUGCCCGCACCCUAGCAAGCCACAAAGAGGAGGGUAGAGCUGGGGCAAUCCAGGAGUGUUGAGACUUGGCAAGACCGAGAGGAAGUCAAAGGGAGAGGCUAAGUAGUGACGAUCAUAGCAGGUACUGGCCGGACCCUGGGCUCCAGCUUCUCCCUCCUGGGCCUGACUGGAGAUGAGCAGCCUUGGACAGCUGGUGAUCUUUGACCUCACAGACCACUCUUCUUAAAGCCAUAGACAUGAGGCCCUGGAGUGGGUGUUGGGAAGGAAAGUUAAAGGCAGCCUGACACAGGGAGGGCCAGGCUCUCCAGUUGUUCCAGCAGAAGCCUCCUGAUCUUUCCCAGUAGGGCUUCAGGUAGGGACUUCCCUGCCUGGUUCAGAGUUGGCCAGUGGCUACUCUAAAUCCUCCCUCCCAACGGUCAGCCUUUUGCCUGCCACCCAGAAUCAACAAAAGCCAAACACGCUGCUGUCGAGUCUAUUCCGAUUCAUAGCAACUCCAUAUGUUGUGGAGUAGAACCGCUCCAUAGGGUUUGCUUGGCUGUGAUCUUUACAGAAGCAGAUCGCCAGGUCUUUCUUCUGCAGUGCUGCUGGGUGGGUUUGAACCACCAGCCUUUAAUUAGCAGCCAAGCCCAGCUGUUUGUGCUACCCAGGGACCUUGCUUACCACCCAGAGUAACCCAUACCCACUAAGAUGGUAUGUGUAUGAUCUGGGCAUUUUCCACCUUUGCCUGUGGUCCUCUGAGCCUGGUUUCUGUAUAUCAUCUUCAGUGCUACGUUCAAACCAGAGUCUUAUAGGUUAGGAGGGGCCCCUGAGGUGCCGAUGGGCUGGAGCCCCAGGCUGGGAGAACAAGAGGGGCAUAAACAGCCUUAUGAAGAGCUCAAGGCCACCAGCUGUCCUCCCUUCCCCGGGAGCCCCUCCUGAGCCCCAGAACUAUAAAGAAUCUAGAGAGCUUUCCUAGGGGGUGGGUCAGUGCCUGGGGGCGUUGAGGUUUCUCUUCUGAAAGGUACAAAGGUGGUGGGGGAGAGAGAAGGUAGAGUUUCUCAGUUGCUUGGUGCAGGGAAUUUUCUUUUCUUUUUCUUUCUCGUCUUUUCAGAAGCAAGCAGAUCUAGCUAGCAGGCAGCCAGGCUGUUCGAUGUUCUAUUUUUGACUCUAACCACAGCUGCUGUUCUUAAGACACCAGCCCUUGCUGGAUUCCUGAGCCUCCUGCCUGCCUGCUGAGAGGGUUGGCUGAGGUGGAAGAGUUGGGGAUGGGAAAGUCAGGGGGCCUUCACAGUCCCAGGCCACUCUCCACUUCCGCUCCUCUGGCCCUGCCCCGUUCUCAGAGGCCCCAGGGGGAGGUGGGGGCUGCUUCUCUUCUUGCCCACAGUCCCACCACAGCUCCUUCCCUGAGUGUGGCUGUGGGCAGGGCCACCUUCCUUGGGGCUGGCUGUCUGCCUUCCAGUCCCUGGGGUUAAGCUGUGCCUGUUCUCUGCCCUCACAUGACAGAGGAGGUUUUCUGGAAUUUCAAACCAUUGCUCUUAGUCACAGGCUCAGUUUAAACCUGGAAUUGACAGGACAAAAGCCCUCUCAACAUCCUCCAUUCUGCUCACCAAGUCAUUCCCAGCCCCUAGUCUCCUCCAUGUCACACCAGCCUGUGCCUUGUUCUUGUCCUUCCCAGUGACAUUGCCCCACAGGGAAAAAGUGGCUGGCUGUCCCCUCCCCAGGUGCACACCCCCCAGGGAGGAGUAGCCAGAGGCCCAGUGCUCUGCCCCCAAGGCCUGGCCUCAGGAGAGGCGACGCUCAGCCUGGGAAGGGCUGCGUCUGCACAGAGCCUGCCUCUGCGUGGUGUGCCCUCACCCUCCACCCAGGGGAGCGCUGCCUUCCCCAGGCCACCCCGCACAUUCUGGCCCAGGCCUGGCACACAGUCCGACGUGGCAAAUGCCCUCCUUGGGCUGCAUCAGCCCGAGACCCCAGAGUGUAAGGUGUCCUGUUGACGUAGUGACCUCGUUUCCAUGUGGUUUUUCUUCCCUUCUCUGUGGAAAAACAUCUUCACUGCUCUUGGACGCUGCCAAACUCAGCCUCCCCCAAAGGGGACCUUGGACAGCAGAGCUGAGCGGGGACUGGGACUGUCAGGCCACCAUAGGCCUCAGAGUGGGCUCAGCCUCAGGCCGGCGAGGGCUCUCUGCCCUCCCUUUGAGCUCACCUGCCUCUGCUGGCACGCUUGCCACUCUACUCUGUCUGACUGGCUGCCCUGCUCCCUAAAGAAUCCCUGGCCUGAAAACGAUCCCUUUCUCUGCAAAGAAAAAGCACCGCCUCACCACGAGGACUCUGCUCAGGCCUUGGAAAUGGGAUGAUCAGACUCUCAGGGGUCCCGGCUGUGGCUCUCUCCUCCGGGGACUGUGUCCUGUAAGCGAACUCCUGCCUGGCACCCGUGGGCACAGAGCUUGUGCAGGGACUGGGAGCUGUCUCUCCUCUGGGCUCUGGUGGGGCUGCUCCGCCUGCCUCCCAGGCGCUUGCUGAGCCUCCGGGCCCUGCCCUGCCUUGUCCUGGGCCCCAGCCUGGGCCUCCAUUAUCAGUCAUCUCUUGGAGAGAGUUGUCCAAAGGUAAGCCAGGGUGAGCUGCUGGAGGAGCAGUGUGCAGAAGGGAGACUUCCUGGGCCCUGAGCUCUCCUAAGCCAGUGCUGUCAGCUUAGAGGCUGUGCCCUUGGACAAGAGGAGCCUGCUCUCCUUGCCUCUUCUGCAUUGGUCUUUGUGCGGCACCCUCAGGCAAAGCUGGAAGGCCCAGCAGAGGCUGGCUUUGGAUGGACUGGCAUUUGGAAGAGUGUGUACAUAGAUAGUAUUCUCUUUAUUGUUUUGGUGGUGGUUUGCUUUGCUUUUGCCAGCUUCAUUUUAUUUUCAAUGCCAUUUUUCUGGCCAUGUAAACUAUUUCUGGUAAUUUUAUGUUUUUAUUUAUGAGUAAAGAAUGCCGUUUCUCAUGCUGUCUGUAGCCAUCUUUGUCUGACCCUGACCCAUCUGUCCCCUCACUACAGGCUGGCAGCACCUUGGGCCCUCUACAUCUUGAUCAAGAAAGGUUAUGCGGUUUCCGCCAGCAAAGGGGGUGAGGCAGGCCUGGGUGAACUUGGGAUAGGGAAGUGGGAAAAGCAUGGGCCUUGGGGUUACACAGACGUAAACCUGACUUCAAGCUUGUCCUUGCCACUCACCCCCCGCUGACUUUAUCUGUAAAGUGGGCCCUGGGCUGACCUGGAGGAAGGGGAAAGGAGACCAAGGCAGAAGGGUCUUCUCCAAAAAAAACUACCCCCACUGCCUCUCCUGCAUCACUCCAUCAGCAGCCCACCUCACCAGCCACUUCCUUGGUCUGUUGCAUAUGGCCUCUU